AUCGUUUGUUCUUGUAAAAAAAAAAAAAAGAAUCGAACUUGGUUGGUUGGUUUCUCUCUGGAGAAUCCAAGAUUACUGAUCGGGAAUAUCCAGUCGGAAAUCGAAGCAGCAUGGGGAUUCUCACGUGAGAGGCGUGUUCCGGGGCUCGUGGAUCCGCGAGAGAGAAGAAGAGGAAGAAGGAGAGAGCGAGAAAAAUCGAGGAGGAAGAAAGGAGAGGGAGAGGGGGGAGGGAGCGACUCACGAACGAAUUAAUAAUGCCGCGCGAGAGGAGCGCGGAGAAGGAACGGCUGAACUUUACUCGCAGGGGAUCCCGCAAUUAUCCCGGAAGAAGAGAGAAGUGAAGGGGUGCAGCGAUGGGAGUGUACGUGAUAGGUUUGGUCGGUGUGAUCGCGUUUUAUGUGGCGGUGUUGGGUGUCGGUAUUUGGGCGGCCGCAGUGAAGAAGAAAAAAUCCCGCCACGGCCAUGACGCUUUGAUACUGGCCAACCGUGGCUUAGGUCCGAUUCUUGGUGUCUUCACUUUGAUCGCCACGUGGGUCGGUGGCGCCUACAUAAACGGGACUGCUGAAUUGAUGUUUACCAAAGGAUUGGCCUGGUGUCAAGUGCCCUUCGGUUACAGCCUCAGUCUACUGUUCGGUGCGGUGUUAUUCGUACGGCCAAUGAGGAAAGCGGAACACGUGACCAUGCUGGAUCCUUUUCAAGAGAGAUAUGGUGCCGGGGUUGGGGGGCUCUUGUUCCUCCCUGCCCUCUUCAGUGAUUUGUUCUGGUGUGGCGGGGUGUUGAGAGCUUUGGGAAGCUCGUUGGCAGUGGUUGCUGGCGUAAAUCCGGACAUCAGCAUAGUCGCCUCUGCCCUCUUGGCAGGCGUAUACACAGUGUUCGGUGGACUUUACUCCGUCGCGUGCACCGAUGCGUUGCAGCUGGCAUGUAUCGUGAUCGGCUUGGGAUUGGCCGCGCCAUUUUCCGUUCUCCACCCCGCCGUCAACUUCGAGAAAAAUCUAACGCCGCACGAAUGGCUUGGGGAGAUUAAGAACGAGGAUCUUGGCGAGUGGGUGGAUUGCAUGCUGUUGUUGGUAUUUGGCGGUAUACCUUGGCAGGGCUACUUUCAAAGGAUCCUAAGUAUGCGAAGCACAUCGAUGGCGACCGCUUUGUCAAUAACAUCGAUGUUCGGUUGCAUGAUCCUCGCGUUUCCAUCAGCUCUAAUUGGCGUGGUGGCACGUGCCACCGAUUGGUCAUCCGUGCAGGGAUUUAACAAAAGUAUAAUAGCGCACGAAGCGAAUGCAGCAUUACCGAUCGUUCUCCGAUACUUGACACCGCAGUGGGUCUCCUUUGUCGGUCUGGGCGCUAUUUCCGCGGCAGUAAUGUCUUCGGCGGAUUCAAGUAUAUUGGCCAGCAGUUCCAUGUUCUCCAGAAAUGUCUACAGACUGACACUAAGGCCGAAGGCAUCCGAAAGAGAACUGAAUUGGAUACUUCGGAUAUCCGUGCUUGUGAUCACAGUCUUGUCGACUGUGAUAGCGCUCACGGUGGAUAGUGUUUAUUAUCUAUCAUAUUUGGCUUCUGAUCUUGUUUACGUGGUGCUCUUCCCCCAAUUGUUAACUGUGGUCCAUUGGCCUUCUUUGGUCGACACGUAUGGAUGUCUGGCUGGUUAUUUCGUGGCUGUUGUUUUACGCCUUUGCGGCGGAGAAAAAGGAUUGGGUGUGCCGGCACUGAUCGAGUAUCCAUUUUACGACGUAGAAACGCAAUCGCAAAAAUUUCCAUUUCGCACUGGGGCCAUGCUAGUGGCCCUGUGCACUCAACUCGUGACGAGUUUCUUCACGAGAAAUCUUCUAGGGAAAGGUUACUUUCCCCGAUGUUGCGACGUUCUUAGCGUCUAUUCACCCGGGAAAUCGAAGGACCAAUCGGGAGUUGUACAGAGCAGCUCUGGCGCAGCCCUCAUGGACACUUCUUCCGUCAAUAAAUCUACCUCAGGAAUAGAUUCUUGCGAUGGGAUCGGUCCUGGAAGCUACGACGACGACCGCACCACAACUAACUCCGUCGAAGACGUGACCGAUCAAAGGGACAACGGGACCAUAGCCGGCGAUCUAUACGAGAAAGAAACCCCGAAAAAGCAUAUAAACAGCAUUGGAACGGCAGCCCAAAAGGCGAACCAAAGCCUGCAACACCUUCAAACACUGAGAAAUUCCAUUCACGCGAGCUCGAUCAGCGGUAGACACACCCCGACCCCGAAUCAAUAUGCCCCUAUACAAAGCAACGAGGUUUCGAGAGGUCAGAUAUUAGGCGUACGAAAUCUAAGAGGUUCGAUGGGCCAGAUGUUGUUGCCAGCCGAUCGUCCACCAAUCAUAGCCCCGUGCAAUAACCCGACCAUGGUCAAUGUUCCAACCAAUUCAACGAUGGCCACUUCUGUCACGCCGGAUGCUCAUUACGCUAAAAUCGAGGAUCCUGUAUCCUUGGUGAACGACAAAACGAGGGAAAACGAGAGGCACGGUGUCGUGGAUAGGGGGGUCACUGAAUUUCAAACUGUCCCGGACAACAUGUUAACCACGAUUAACGUUAAGAAGAACGUGAAAGGCGUGAAACUGGUUGGUAUGGAGGGUGGCACGUUGAGGAGGCCAUCGUUGCAGGGCACGUUCUCACCGACACCGUCGGUCGAACUUGUCCACAUAUUGGACAGAAGGCAGAGUAGCGGUUCUUACGGGCCUGGCUCCCUUUCCCCCGUUCCUAUGGGAGUGGAGGCGUGCAAAACCCACGGAACGGCGUUGGAGGGACAGGGUGGGAACGAACAUUGCAGGAUCAAAAGGGGCAUCGUCAGGCAUCACAGCUUCAACGACACGGGAGACCGUGCACUGACCACGCUUGCCAGACAACCGACCUAUCCAUCCAUGCCAUUGCGUUCCGAAGAUUGCCGCAUGACACUGGUUAAGAAGGACAGAAGAACGUCGACGAUCGCACGACACGGUUCCAUGACGAACGAGAAAGAGCUGAGCGGUUGUAUGACUGGGCUCGUAGUAUGCAGUCCCACUUACAACAUGUACAGCUCGGCUGUGAAGAAUUCCAAUUACUUUGUGACCGACGACGAGGCGGUCAGCAGGUUUUAGAAAGUCGUAAGCAAAGGAAGGACCAAGGAAGGAGGAGAGGACAAUCGAAUUAUCGCUCCCAAAAAUCGAGAAAGAUACGCGAAAAGAUCGUGUCUUUUUUUAUCUAUACGAUCCUAUAUAUUUUUCUCCAACGGUCGUACAACUUUACCACUGCCCGACUUUUACAAUUUUUCUUACUAGGAAGUUUAUUAUCUAAGCUUUUUUUUUACUAAUCUACUUUUUUUAGGAUUAUUCCCAAGUUUAUUCACGAGAAAUUUGAAUUUUCACGUCGUUCCGUUUGCGGUGUUACGGAGACAAGUCCUUGAUCGAUGAGAAUCUGUGUAAAAUUAGUGACGAGAAGAGAGAAUUGGGAAUAACGAAGAUUUGAAGAAGAAAUUUUAAUUGUUGCGUUAUGUCGUAAUACGAUAUCUAUAACCGAGCCAUUUGUUGAAGAUUCGAAGAGAUUUGGAAACGCGGUUUAACGACGAUCUUUCGUGUAUAUAACCUCAAAUAUUGUCGAGGUUAUGUAGUUUUAAUUACGAAGUAUAUUAUUUGAAAACCCGCAAACGGUCCGUCCAUGAUUUUUGUUUUCGCUCCUUUCGAAAGAAUCGUUCAUUUUCGGUCAAAUUGACGAUGGAAUUAUAUCCUUAAAGCUCAUCCUUAGAGAUAUUAAGGUAACGAUAAGAUUUUACAUAGCGAACGAUCAGAAAACGAUCGUAGAUAUUAGAUAUAAAUGAGACAAGUUUCGGUUGGAGCGAUUAAUAUUCCAUUCGUGGAGCCGAAAAGUCACUACAUUUUAUCAGAUUUAUUGGACGAAUCGUGAAAACAGCCGAAUUUUUCGAUCUCGUAUUUACACCGUAAACCAUCCCAUUGAAAAAUUGCGAGCUUUUUCAACUCAUCUUUAUUCAUCUGUUUCAAGGUUGUUCCACUUUCGUCCGAUAAAUUUUCUUACUCCUUCUCGUAUUUUAAUGUGGAAAUUUCUGAGGAAAAGUCAAUCGAAAGAUUCAUCGCGAAUCACUUGUCGCCAUUUUUUUUCUCUCUACCAAAAGUAAAGGAUUACAAUUGAAAUUUUGGAAACAUCUUGCGCGAUUCACGAUAUUUUUCUCAACUUAGAAUCAAGUAUUUAAAAAAAUGAAUUUCACACAAAUGUGAUCGAUAAUUUUAAUUCCAAUAAUUAAAUAUUAACGCGAAUUAGCGUUAAUUUGGAUGAUAAGAGAAAGAGAGACAGAAGUUAAAAACGUACAUUUUUCCCGGAAAAAAAUUCUAGUCAUUAUCUAGUGAUUUUCUAGUCCGUUGAAUUCCCUUUCCAGACUGAUUCUAUCCAGAGGACCGAAAUAACCGAUAAACGGUUUUUCAGAAAGUAAUUAAUUUUUCUUUUUGUACAAAAGAAAAUCCGAGAGCGAACGAGUGAUCAUCUCUUUUGCGUGAUUGUGUAGAUAGAGCGAUUGAUAUUAAAUCGAGGAUCUUCGACCAGUUCGUAUGUAUGAAAGCGGGGGGAAAAGAGAAGAGAAAAGAAAAAAGAAAAAAAAAAGAGAAAUCUUUGAAAAACACGAUUAUGCAUUUAGAUAAUUAUGUACGAGAUACGUAGUUUUAGUCGAGUUUUAGCUGUGACACAGUGAGAGAAUUGGUGCAACGCCGCUAAUGUCCAUUUCUAAUGUCCAGAAAAAGUAAAGGAGCGAGAAGUGAGGGAUAGUCGAAGAGAAAUAGAAGCAGCAGCGUGAGCUUCGCUACUCGAAGCCAUUCUUCAAUUUCGUUUCCAGCACGAAGAAAAAUUUCAUAAUUGAACAGAACUAGAAAUGCAUUUAUUUCUUUUUAUUUCUUUUUUUUUUUUUUUUUUUUUUUUAUAAAUAUCUUUUAUUUGAAUCUCUAUAAUUUCUAAACUAUAAAGAUUUUUUGUAAAUUUAUAUACUCUCGGAUUGUAUGCUUUUCAUUCUUGAAUUUAAAUUUAAUUCGUUAAAAAUUCAUUGUUACGUUCUCGGGAAAAGAAAAGCAGAAGGGGCAAGCGUUAUUUUCCUUCGAGCCGGAAACGGGUUAGGUAGAGGGAGGGGAAAGAAGAUGUGAAGGGUUUCCGUCGCUCAACCUACUUUUUCGUACUUUUCGUGAGGGAAGGUUAAGCUGCUGGAUAUAGAACGUCCAAUGUAUUACGUGCGUAAAUUUAUGAUAUUCCGAUUGACGAAGAAUAACGAUAUUUUUCCACCGAUUAUACGUCUAGUCUUGUAGGAUUAAAUCGUAAACUGUAGCUGUACGAUGUACAUACACACAUACACGCGCAUGCGCGCGCACACACUAUACAUGACAUACACAUCACAUACGGAGGUUUCUCUCACGUGUCAACCGAUGUAACGAUAGCGAGAAAACUUACUCUUAUAUACGAAACCUCCGUUGGCUCAAUACCAUAUGUGGCAAAAAAGAAAAAGGAAAAAAAAAGCGAUUUUUCGUAGAGUAAACCCAUUCGAUCCUUCGCACGGAAUCGUGUGAUAUCAUGGUAUUUUUUUUAAAAAGAAAAAAAAAAAGAAAAACAAUUGUAGAGAGAAAUCAGUUUAAUUAUGCGAUUUUAUGGGAUAAAAGGAUUUUCUAAUUAGAUUUUUUUCAAACUUUGGUAUUUUGAUAUAUAUAUACAUAAUAUGUACGAUUGAAGGAAAUGAUCAUUUAAUUAAUUUGAUUGAAAACAACUCGGUUUUCUUUCAUUCGAGUUUCUUUCAUUAUAUAGAUUCUAAUGCGGAGAAUGUAAUGGAUAGAAGUAGUUAUAGCAUCUAUUUAAUAAUACACAAAUGAUAAAUGAAAUGAAGAAGUUCGAAACAUUUUUUUUAAAUUUAAAAUUUAAAUUCAAAAUUAAAAUUCGAAAGUAAUUUCAAAAUAUAAAAAAUUUAUUAAAUUUUCUAGAUUUCUAGAAAUUUAGAUUCAGAAUUCUUAAUUUGAGAUUCAAAAUUAAUUACAUGAUAUAUUUCUUCGAUUUUAAUAUUAUAUUUAAUUCAUACAUCAAUUUGCAACUCUUAAUUAGAAUCUUAAUCAAUUGUUCUUUUAAUAGUUUUAUUUUUUUUUUAUUUUUAAAAAAUUUUUAAAAGUUCAAUAUAAAGUGAUAAUUUCAAUUUCUUUCAUCUGUUCAUUAUAUCUUAUCAUGAAUUAUUAUUAUUUUAUUUGCUAGAAUGUCGAUUUUUGAAUUUUCCGUAUUUUUGUAAAAACAAUGAUUAAAAUCUUAUAAACGUCGGGAGAUGAACGUCGAAAACCUAUAUCAGUAUUAUUAAAAUAUACAGAAAAGGAUUCGAAACUUAAUAAUCGAUUCCUGGGGGACAAGCCUCGUGAAGGACCCCUAUGGUCUUUCGUAGUGAUACUUAAUCAUUAAGAUAGACUUAUUUAUAAUAUAAUAUACUAUUCGCACUAUGUAUUUGCGAUUUUUUCAUACGUGUUUAAAAAUUAUUACUAUUUAUAUUAUAAUUUUACUUUCUUUUUUGAAUUUCAUCUUUUUUGAUUUUAAAUUCUAAUUAUAAAUAACAAGAAAGAAUUAAUAUUAAAAUUAGUUUAAAUAAAAUUUUUUAAUUUUUUUUUUUAGUGCAUAAUAAAAAGAACCUUAUUUAAAAUCAAAUUUAAAACUUAAUUUUAAAAAUUAAUUAUCAUUUAACCUGAUUUUUUUUUUUAUUCUUUUAUAAAGAUUUUCAAAUACAUAGUUACGAUAUAGUGGGUAGCCUUCCGCCUUUUAUGUUCAAGAUUCAAGUAUAAGUCUCCAUUAACAUUUAGCUUUAUAUCAUGUAUCGUCACGUAAAAUGCACUGUAAAAUGAAUAUGAAAAACAUUUUGUUCUUUCGAAUUGCCGACACAAUAAACAAAUUGUGUUGAAACGUGAAUCACGUGCCAAAUUCUAGGAUAAAUGAAAGUGUACUGCAUAUGUACGCUUAUAAUACCGAUACACAAGUAAAUUAUAUAGGCUUGCCUUUUAAGGAUCGUUUAUCAUCGUAAUCGAUUAUCUCGAUUCAACCCUUAUUGGGCAUAAUUAAACAAUCUUUUAACUUAAAUUAAACUCGAUUCUUCAUCCCCAAUUGAAAAAAAAAAAAAGAAAUAAAUUCUAAUGAUGAAAUAAAUUUAUAAUUUUUUUUCUUUUGAAUAUUUUAAUUUAUUCAAGAUAUCGAUUUUUUUCAAAUAUUAUAAAGAAUAUGUUUCAUCACAUUUCGCUCAAAUAGGAUUGUAUAACUUGUGUAAUAAUCAACGCUUUGAGCUCCUUUUCAGUAUUUAAAAAUAUUUUUAAUAACAAAUUUAUUUAAUAAUAAAUUUUUAAUAAUUAAUUUAUUAUUAAAUAAAUAUUAUUAUUUUUGUUGUUAAAUUUUCAUUUUCAUGAUUAUUUAUAAUUUUUUUAUUUAAUAUUAAAAACUAAGAUUAAUAUAUAUUACAGAUUAAUAAAUAUAAUUAAAAGCUCGAAACGUUAUGUUUAAUACAAGUUACGAGCAAAGCGUAGGAUUUGAAUAUUUUAAUUAAUUUAUAAAAAGAAAAAAUCGCGUAAUGAAAAGUUCCAUUUUUUUUUUAUUAUUUAACUUUAAGUUACGUGAUUUUUGCUUAUCUUUGUAGAAAUCCUCCGAAUUGCUAAUAACUUUAAAAAGGUACAUAAAAUGAGAUUUCAAUUAACUUUUACAAUUAGUAAUUCACAUAAAAAUCAUUCUUUACAAUAGUUAAGAGCAAGCAUAAGAAAAUGCGAAAUUAUUUCUUUCUGGUUGCUCGUAACUAUUGUCUUAUUUGUACUUGUACUUCAAUAUAGUAAGCAUUGAAUAAGUUGUCAAAUCUAAUUAUUGGGCGUAAAUAUUUCUUUAAUGUACUAUGACUUGAUAUGUUUAUUUUCAGUCUUUAUUCUUUUUCGCUUAUUUUUCUACAAAAGAAAAUAAAUAUUUAUAAAUUUGAUCGAUAUAUAUUGAUAUUUUGUUCAUUAAUAUUUAAUUUGAAUCUCGAUUUUCAAGUACUUAUCCAAUGUUUACCGUAAUUACACAAAUUGAAAUACAAUUAUUGGAAAAAUUAUAAUCGGUUGACGAAUAAUGUUUCAAUGACUUAAUAAUGACAAAUGAUAGUAUUAUAUAAGUAUAUUAAUUAACUUUAAUCAUCAAUUCAAAUCGAUUCAUUUCUGAAUGAUUAUAAUCAUUUUAAAUGUCAGAAUAUGUUUCCAAUGAUUGUAUCUCAAUUUGUUUAUGACUUUGUCGAUUAUAAAGGUCGAAACGUUAUUGUAAAAAAAAAAUAUAAAGCUCAAAGUGCCGAAUAAAGGGAAAUAUAUGUA